AUGAUCGGAAAACUAGCCAUCUGCCUCGGUCUGUUCCUCGCUGGCGUUCAGGCCCAGCAAUCCGUCAACUGCGGAUACCAAUCUCUGAAGUGCGGUUCGGUCUUGCUCGCAGCUCCCUACAGCUACACCGAGGCCCAGCUCGUCGCCGCUGCGAAUGAUACCACAUCCAUCCCAUCCCUCUCAGUUGGCCAGCUCUCUCAGACCCUGUUCCACUGCACAGACAUCCUCGGAACCAUCACCGGCAAUGCCUACUGCUUCGCUGGAUGCGAUACCAAGCCUGGUACCCGUAACGACCAAUGUAUCCUGUAG